AUGGUCAGAGAAAUUCUCAACCGGCCCUAUAACACGAGACACAACGAUGGCAGCGAUAGUAACAAGCCUUUUUACGGCGUCCGCUUCUCCGAGAGCGAUGAGGGCAGAGUGCGCGUGGCGCGGGGUGAUCCGAUCAACAUGGAGGCAUUACGGACGGUUAUCGAUGAACAUGACCUAGAGUGGACGUUAAUCGAGGAGGUUGAGGUUGACGACGACCUUUCCGAGGACGGAGAGGAUGAAGUUGUCAGGAGAGUCCACGACCAAGGCACCUUGGAUAAAGAUGCGUACUCUCAUCCUGAGAGGAGAGAUGUCGAGGACGGUCCGUGGAACCGGGUCCCCAGAGACAGAGGGAACAGUGAAGAUCUCUUUGAGAACGCAAAGUUCCGCGAGGGACAGGGGGGUUUCGUCCAGUGCGCGGGAUGCUCCGAUACCAAAGGUGGCUCCGAUGGUUGGAAGAGAUCUACGCCCUUUGUUAAGCGAGCAAACAACACCACCACCAACGGAACUCAUCGCCAGCACCCAGCAGACCUCCUCAACACUCUCAAUCGCAGCAACGCAAGCCCGCUAGCAUGGGAUCUGCCCACCACCAACACCUCCUCCUCCUCCCUCCAAAAGCGCGGAGAAACAGACUGGACCUGCAACCGCAUCGGCCAAAGAAACACCAAAGAAGCUCUGUUGAUCAUGUACGACGUCUUCAACAACGUGUUCGGCACCGAGCCCCUACGGUGCCUAACGAACCAGUGUUAUGUCGCAGAGUGCCAGGACUGGUAUUUCAGUUACUGCCAAAUGUCGGUCGAUGUUAAAGAGGAGAGGCCUGGCGCGCGAAAGAAGGUGAUUGAUCGCGACCCGGGGAAGGGAGGGUCGUGUUAUGCGGUCGCGGACGGGGAGAAUUCGAAUCGGUAUCAUCGGUACUUUUUUGGACAUGUGAGCGCGAAUCCGAUUCCGAAUUACGGUGGGGGGUUUAAUGCCAGGAGGUGUAAUUGA